AUGUCGGAGUCUUCUCCCAAGGCUGCGAAGGCCGAUAAGAGCAUGUCUUCCCGUCUGUUGACCAUGAAGUUCAUGCAGCGCGCUGCUGCUUCUGCUGCGACGAAAGAACCACAGAGCCCAGAUGCCGAGGACGGCAAGCGCACACCGAAGAGAGUCAGGCUUUCUACCGAACCAAAUAGUCCCAGUACUCCUCAAUCCGAUCUGGAAGCUAUUGCCGCAGCCCUGGCGGCGGAAGAAGACAAGCGACGAGAGGCUGUUGCGCGGCAAGCAGCUGAAGCUGGAGAGUCAGAAUGGGUGUUGGAUGUCCCCGCUACAAACUACACUCCACAGCCAAUCGUUCUUACAGCCGACUCGCUGGAUGCUGAGGGUGAUGUCCCGCAGGGUGGUCGUCGCGCAUACGGAAACUUUAUGCGCAAGAAGCCCGUUGUGCCUGUCGUUGAGACAAAACCCGGCGAGAAGAACACCGACGGAGGUGACUUUGAUGAAGAGGAGGAGGAACAGAAGAUCCCGGCCCACAUCGCAGCCGACCCCGAGCGCGUUAAGGCCUGGAUGGCGGAAGCCCGAGAGAAGGCAUUGGCCAGGGACGCCUAUCGCAAGGCCCAACGUGACAAGAUAGAGAGGAAACGACUCAACAACAUCACCAGUAUUUCUGGUGGAGGCCAAGCUGGAUCUCCGAGAAUGGGAGCUCCAUCUCAUUCAUUGAAAAAGAAGAAGCGCAAGUUCUAA